CAAGACGGGACAACAGCCAAUCCAGAAGAAGCCAAACGAACCUUCCACCGGAACUUUCGAAUGUGAAGAACAACACAGGGUGUGGUGUCUGCAAGCCUGCGCUUGUCCCAUCGUACAGUUGGCCAUACAACAGAUGAUAAGAACACAGGUUUCAAUGUCAAGUGACACGCGAUCAAGAUCCAAAGCUGCAAGUGAAAGAGCAUGUCGGAAGAAAGAGACGCCGAGCCGACCACAGAGUGUCCGAACGGGCAGAGUCCCCGGAAUUUCUUCACCUGGCAGCUCACAGACCCUUUGAAAGUUGAGCGGUAUCUUUGGGGCCUAUCCUUUGCCAAUUGCACUGCUCAGUUUGAGCAAGAAUUUUAUGGUGCUGCCACUGCGAGUUACGGUCUGCCGACAGUGCAGGAAUCAGACGACCUCAAGGUCUCAGCCGUCAUGUGUUGUUCCUCAUGCGGAGCAGAAUUUGACUCGAGAGACGAACAGGUUCAGCACUACAAAGGGGACUGGCACCGAUACAACUUGAAGCAGCAGCUUCGAGGACGGCUUCCACUUUCAGAAGAAGCAUUCUUGGAUACCAUAGAUGAAAUAUCCAGUAUCUCGGGAUCAGAAUCCGAAACGGGCAACGACUCCACGACGGAAGCUGGUCCAGCCGGAGCGCACAGUCCCCGCAGAGACGCAAACAGAGUUGCUGGACUACAGCGGAGUCCGAAGAAGGCUUCGCGCGACAGAUCGGCAAGUGUGACUUCCACGGAUACUGAAGGGGAGGAAACAGACCAAGAUAAAUCGGAUGGGAAAAAAUCUCGCAUGAACUUGAAGCUGUACUUAAAGAAUGGGAACAAUCAGGUCCUGGCACUGUAUCGUUGCAUCGUACAUGGGAAGAUGGAGGUACCACUUAGCCACAAAGAGCUAAUUGUGGCUGUUUCAGAGAUUCCGCAAAAGUUGCGCUGGGCUGUCGUCAUGGUGGGCGGAGGACAUUUUGCAGCAGCCAUUUGCGACCGGGGAAAUGUAGUGGCCCACAAGACAUUUCAUCGGUACACAGUAAGGGCAAAGCAGGGAGGAGCACAGUCAAGCAGAGAUGGAAAGCAGAAGGGAUCCCAGCCCAAGUCUGCUGGUGCCAGUCUCAGGAGACACAAUGAGGCUGCUCUUGUUAAGGAUAUUCAAGACCUUCUGUCAUCGUGGAGUGAAGAUCUCCAGAAGUGCAGUGCAAUCUUCUACCGUGCCCCCGGGGCCAGCCGAACGUGCCUGUUCUCGGGAAAGUCCGCCCCUCUCAAAAAGUCCGACCCUCGUCUUCGCUCCAUACCUUUUCCAACCAAGAGAGCAACCUACAACGAAGUUCUCCGUGUGCACAGGUUACUUGCCACAGUGGAGUGCUUUGGCAGCGAAGCCAACAUCGACGGCCGAAUUCCAGUGUCUCCCAAGAUUCACUCGGGGUCGAAGAAACCAUCAAAAUCUCCCAAGGGCCUCAACCAAAAUAAUGAAGCCGAGGUUCUUUCAGUCGAACCUCUUGGCAACACUGAGAAAGUGUCGACGUGUGACAACGAAAGUGCCCUCUCUGAGUCUGAUCGAGAAGUUGUCUUUGAAUUAACGGAAGAACCCAUCAGCACUCUGGGCUUGCGAGAAUUUGCGUCAACCAGGAGACGGCCCAAGUCGCGCCACAAAAAGGGAAGGAGUAGUUCGGGUCGCACUUCCUCGGAACCAUCACUGCCAAAAGAAUACCAUGCUCUGAGGACAGCCAUGCUUGAAGCAUGCAAGUCUGGUAACCUUGAUGCCUUGUCUUCUAUAUUAAAAGUCCUGACGCAGAAGAACAACGUGACACCAGAGAGCGUUGCAGUGCACGCCCCAGACAAAAUGGCCACUGGUCAUGACACUGAACUGCACACACGUACAGAGAGUCAUGGCAGUAGUGAUGAGCAUCCCCGUUGUGAUAACGUACGGCCGAGUGAUAAAAUGACUGAUAAGAACGACACGGACAGCUCGACUCUGGGACCUGCCGACGUUUACCUGGAAAUAGGGAAUCACGAAAAGGAGUUGAGAACAAGUUACUGUUCAAAGGAUGACCCACCUACCCCACAAAACGAACAUGACCCAAAAGGACUGAUGGGGCUAGGGGUCAGAGAGGGCAAAGGCGACCCCACAGUCCACCUGGCGCUAAAAGCAGGUCUACCAGCAGGAAGGCUGCUUAGUCCAACUGGAUCAGAUCCAGAGGCCACACCUCUUGUGGAGAAAGUGAUAGAAUGGGACCAGGACACGGACAAAGUGUUGGCAGAGCCAGCGUCGUUGGACGCGUGCUGUGAUGUCGUCUGCAAGAAGGGCCUGAAACAGAAGUUGCUGGAUGCACCACUAGAUGACUCUUCUGCAACACUGCUCCACUACUGUGCAAGGCACGGCUUUGGAAAGCUAGUCACGUGCCUCAUGGAGGCGGGAGCUGACCUCACAGUGAAGAAUUCCAGAGGACAGACACCAUAUGCAGUAACAUCUGAUAAACAAACGAGGCACGAAUUUAGACGUUUUAGGGCGGCUAACCCCGACAAGUACGACUACAAUAAAGCGCAAAUACCAUCUGGCCUUACCGAGGAGAUGGAAAAAGAACGCAAUAUAAAGCAUGCAGAGAAACAGAAAGAGAAGCGUAAGCUUCACCGAGAAAAACUAAAGGAAAGGAAAGCUGCAGAACUUCAACGACAGAAAGAAGAAGCCGAGCGUCAGAGAUUUCUCUCUCUCAGCGAUAGGGAAAAGAGAGCCCUGGCUGCAGAACGAAGGUUUGCUCAACAACUGUUGGCAACAAAUGCACCUCAUGUUGUUCUGAGCCGUUGUUUUAUGUGUGCUACUGAUAUAACUGGAAAGGUUCCCUUCGAAUACAACGACAGCAAGUUCUGCAGCAUCGACUGUGUGAAACUGCAUCGUCAGAAGCCGUCGGGGACAAGGCAGUGACAACGAGAACUAAAGUGUUUUCUUUUAAAUUAUUACAGAGUAUUAGGACAUGCAUAUUUUCUUAUGCUUUUACCUCUGUGAAAUUAAAGAACAUGCAUGUGCUACUGAGACUGAAUAUAUAUGAUAUGUAUUUGACGAUAAAAAAUAAAAAUGAAACAAGAAGUGU